CCACAGAACGGAGGGCGAAUCGGCGUCGGCGGCAGCUGCAGGGCCAUGCCUGCUGUUGCUGCACAGCCGGCGACUGUGGCAGCCGAGUGCACGGCGGCCACGGCGGGCGCGGAAUCUGCCGAUGCGCCGGAAGCAUCGCCGGCCACGGCAAGCACAAAUGCGGAGGAUGGUGAGCCAAUGGCUGGUGUCGAGCAGGUUGAACUGAUGCCGUACGCAUCAACUACGGCCACAAGAAGUUCAGAGGCUGCAGCAUCAAAGGCACCAAAAAGAUUGAAAGUUAUUGAUUUGAAAUCUUUGUGGACUAGAGCAGCAGCUAAACCCAAAUUAUCUACAGCCAGUGCCUCCACUCCAUUACUGCAAACUGUGGAAAGUAGAAUUCAAAGUGAUACCCCUUCUGUUCACUUGCAAACACAUAAUGAACUUGAAGUGGAACCAGAAGUGGCAAGCACAGAGCCUCAAGUUGUGGGAGAUGCAGCAAUAAUCCAUGAAGACCAACAUGAGGGAAUUGAUGAUGACGAUCAUGAGGCAUUUUAUGAUAUUGAUUGGCUUCCACAUGAUCCUGGGGAGAGGAUUGCCAUAUCAGAUUAUAAUGUUAAUGAUCAAGCUGCCGGAUUAGCAUGUCGUGGACAUGAUGAAAGUGAUGAGUCUCUUAACAAAGGAAAUUUUCUUGAACUUCUAAAUUGGCUAGCAGAAAGUUUUGAGGAUGUUAACAAGGUUGUUCUAAAGAAUGCUCCAAAGAACUGCAAGCUGACCUCCCCUAUGAUACAAAAAGAGCUCAUAAACUGUUGUGCCAAAGAGACCACUAAACUUAUUAUAGAAGAUCUUGGUGAUGACUACUUUGCAAUACUUGCGGAUGAAUCUAGUGAUGUGUACCAAAAGGAACAAUUAGCUCUUUGCAUACAUUAUGUUGAUAAGAAAGGAAGGGUAGUUGAGAGAUUUCUUGGUAUUGUCCAUGUGGAGAACACUACCUCGUUGACACUGAAAAAUGCUAUUGAGAAACUACUUAUGGAUCAUUCAUUGAGCUUGUCUAGAAUUCGUGGGCAGGGAUAUGAUGGUGCUAGCAACAUGAAAGGUGCACUUAACGGCCUAAAGAAAUUAAUUAUGGAUUAUGUGCAUUGCUUUGCACAUCAGCUUCAGUUAACCCUUGUGGCUGUUGCCAAAGAAAAUCAAGAUUGCAAAUGUUUCUUUGAGCAACUUGGGUUGUUGUUGGCAGCCAUCGGGAAUUCUUGCAAGAGGUUGCAAAUGCUUCGAGUUGCUCAAGCGGAUCAUGUUAUUGAAGCAUUAGAGUUGGGUGUAAUUGAAAGUGGCCGUGGUUUGAAUCAAGAAAUGGGUUUAGGUAGGCCUGGAGAUACUCGUUGGGGGUCUCACUACAAAACGAUACAACAUAUUAUUCUCAUGUAUGAGCCUAUCCGAAAGGUGCUGCAAGAAAUUGGAGAUGAUCCUGAAUACAAAGAAUCAGGGAAAGCUGAAAUGGCCUUGUGUUCACUUGAGUCAUUUGAAUUUGUGUUCCUUGCACAUUUGUUGGACACCAUAUUUGGCUACACAGAUGACCUUAAUUGUUCUUUGCAAAAGAGGGAUCAAGACGUUGUCAAUGCCAUUUUUCCCAUAUAUUUGACAAAGACUCAGCUUGAGUUAUUGCGGGAGGAUAAUGGAUGGGAGAGCUUUCUUGCUGAUGUUACUUCUUUUUUUGUGAAGCGCAAGAUAGAUGUUCCCAAUAUGGAUGACAUAUACAAGGCAGCUGGAAGGUCAAAGAGGAAGUAUGUCAAACUCACAAAUUAUCAUCGUUUCAAAGUUGACAUGUUUUUAGGCAUCAUUGAUAGGCAACUUAAGGAGCUCAAUGAUAGGUUUGACGAGGUAAACACUGAUUUGCUUAUCUAUAUGUCAUCAUUCAAUCCCAAGGAUUCAUUUGCUACAUUUGACAAGGAGAACUUGAUGAAACUUGCUAAAUUUUAUCCCAAAGAUUUUUCAGUCACCGAGUUGAGGUGUCUAUCCUAUCAACUUGGUAAAUUCAUUAUUGAUGUGCGUGGUGAUGAAAGAUUUAGGAAGGUGAAGAAUAUUGCUGAGCUUUCAGUCUUACUUGUUGAAACAGAUAAACAUGCCAUACACGCAUAUGUGUACAAGCUUUUGAAAUUAGUGUUGUUGCUACCAGUUGCAACAGCAAGUGUCGAAAGGGCAUUUUCAGCUUUGAAUUUUGUGAAGAACAAGCUAAGAAAUAGCAUGGGGGAUCAAUACUUAAAUGAUUGCUUGGCUCCAUUUAUUGAGAAGGAAUUUUUCCUACGUGUUGCUGAUGAAGACAUCAUCUCCCGUUUCCAAAAGCCACCUCGUCGAGUUAAUUUGUAA